GUUGGAGAGUAUCGAGAGCACCGUGAUCGAGAGUACGCAGCCGCCAUUUCAACGUGCGAGUUGCGUUCAUUGUUCGUGAGAAGCAGCGUCGUCGUUCGAGCGCGCUCCAGAGGACGGAUCGAGACGUUGACGAGGCCGGUCGUCGCCUCCCGCUUUCGCCAAGAUGAGUUACGGCCGCGGCCCGCCUACCAUCGAUGGGAUGACCUCCCUGAAGGUAGAUAACCUAACGUACCGCACCACGCCGGAGGACCUGAAACGCGUCUUCGAGAAGUACGGAGAUGUUGGCGACGUCUACAUUCCGCGUCACCCCUACACGAGGGACAGCCGAGGCUUCGCUUUCGUGCGAUUCUACGACAAGCGGGACGGCGAAGACGCCAUGGACGCCCUGGACGGUUACAUCUUGGACGGCCGCGAGCUCCGCGUGCAAAUGGCGCGCUACGGUAGGCCUACCGACCCCUACCGCCAGUCGUCCCGGGGAAGCCGCUACAGCGGCGGCGGAUCGUCCAGUCGCCGGUCUCGCUCCAGAUCGCGGUCGAGGAGCAGAAGGCGAUCACGGAGGAGUCGCACUCGAUCGAGGUCCCGAUCCAGACGCCGGUCCCGGAGCCGCUCCAGGGAGAGGAAGCACCGCAAGUCCGCUUCUAGGUCUCGUUCCAGGAGCCGCUCAAAGGGCCGCAAGCGCACCCGCAGUCGCAGUCGAAGCAAGUCCCGGAGGAGCCGCAGCCGUUCCCGUCGCCGGGAGUCGAAACCCCGGAGCCGCAGCAAGUCGAGGGGCCGUAGCCGAUCCAAGAACCGCAGCCGAAGCAAGUCCAGAGGCCACAGUCGGUCCAAGGGCCGAAGCCGAUCCAAGUCCAGAGGCCACAGCCGAUCCAAGGGCCACAGUCGGAGCAAGUCUAGGGGACGCAGCCGAUCCAAGUCGAGGGGACACAGCCGGACCAAGGCCCGGAGCAAGUCCAAGGAGCGCAGCCGGUCCAAGUCGAAGGGACGCAGCCGAUCCAAGUCCAAGGACCGCAGCCGCUCCAAGUCGGGGCGCAGCCGCAGUCGUAGCCGCAACCAGAGCAAGUCGAAAGGGGGCCGGAGCCGCAGCCGGUCGGUGAAUGGGGAGGCGAAGGCACGCAGCGGAUCGCGCAGCCCAAGGGCGGGCAAGGACGGCGGUCGGUCGUCGAGGUCGCGCUCUCGCAGUCCCCGGGGGGAGGGGGAGGGCGGUCGGGCAAGGUCGCCGUCUGCCGGAGGAGGCGGGGAUGCCGAGAACGGGGGAGGAGCCAGGGGCUCUCCUGGCGCUUCCCGGGAGCGCUCGCGCUCCAAGUCGCCCUCUCAGGACUCCAACCCAGACAUGUGAGGGGCUCCUUUAUUCGUCUUCACAAAGUAUCUUUUUUUGCGUCUUUUGCUGGGUUACAAUAUGUCCAGGAACAAUUGAAGUACCUGCUUCCCUUUGUUUUGUUGUUUUUCGCCUUAGUUGUUUUCAUUUGAAAGUUUUCAGUCUUGCUUUACCUCAUUGUAUUGUUUCAAGUCGGCAUUGCCGUUCCACCACUUCGUUUCCUGUGGCUCGAUAUUUUCCCCAUGCUCCUUCUUUGCCACAUUUUUGUAGUGUGCCUAGACAGUCCGGACGCCUAGGGAUUGUAAACGAAUAGCACUACUAUGUAUCAAUCUCCCCGUGAUAUGUGCCACCGUGCCAUCGUUCUUGACAAACUGAGCCACCCCUUCCCGUCGGUGUUAAUUCGUGGGCACAUUGUAACGUGCCUGCCUUGUUUGUUGUGUGAAGAGUCAUGCCGAGCUUUGGGCGCGUUUUUAAGAGCACCCUUGUUUGAGAGAGGGAUGUCCCUGUGCUUGGGAAGGCAUGAUCCUAAUCUGAAGUCCCUCACUGCUCUGUUUUAUGAGCUGCAAAGAUCGCUUGGCACAGCCCCUGGGAGGAAGACAGGAUGUACUGCUUAAAUGUUGCGCAAAGGUCUUUCCGGGAGUUGUGCUGGUCGCGCAUUCGCACACUUGAGUCUUGCCAACGGACACAAGAAGAAACGGCGCCUUUGAUUAGCGACCAGUGUCGAAGGGAAGCCCUGUUUCUCCUUGUGUCGUUGGCUGUCUGAUGCAGGUAGGGUGUGGCCUGACCUCCCCUGUGGUUGUGUUGCCCCCUGUCUGUGACUGCAGGCGCUGAGGGGUUGGUAAGGCGGAUGGUUGUCCUUGAAAGCGGUGUUGCUGAGCCGUGCCCAGUUUGCAGCCGGCCUGUGUUCGGGCGGAGAGGUGUUGCUGACGGUCCUGCUGAUGUCCCUUCCCUUCUGAGCGUUUUCCCCCAGAAAAGCGAGGCCAUCUCCCAGAUAGCUAUGUCAUCCCCCGUAAGGUGAUAGCUAUGUCAGUGGUUUACCCCAGAUCAGGGAAGCUAGGCCAGAGUUUUUCCCUGUAGUCUCAAUACUGAGGGAAAUGUGGGUAUUUGGGAAAGGAGGCUGGAUAGUCGUUUCACCUUUUAUGGGUGCUUCAAUGUCCGAUUGACCCUGCUCUAACAGCUGCAGUUCACUUCAAAAGGGUAUACCUCUGGGGAAAGUGUUCUGUGAAUUUGAGGGGCUUAAUCCUGGGGGUCAAGCAUAGGUUCUAGGGCAGUCAGCAAGUAUGGAGAACCGGGGUGUUGAGGGGGAACCUCUUUUUAGAGAACGAGGGUGACCCUCUGGGAUUUAGUCUUUUCUGGGUAUCAAAAAACUGGGUUUGAUGGGUACCCCUUUUGGGAAGGGCUGUUAGGGAUUUAAAUGGGGUAUUUAGAAGGCUCCAUCGAAGUGAUAGGGGUGAAUGUUGAGGCUGCAGUUCAUUCUGGGUCUCCAGAAGUGAGGCGCUUUGGGACUGCUAAUCUACCAUGGCAGGACUAGAUGCUGCUGGUUAGUCCCUCGGGGAAUUUGGGGUUCCGUACCUUUUGGGUGGGGCGGGGGCUGCCUUCGGCGGAUUCAUCUUCCUCCUGGACGAGUGAGGCGGUCGUGUCGGUUGCUGGGGUGCUGCUGCGGUUGCUGUUCCCGCUGACGGGCGUAAGUAGGGGGGCUCUCCUGGGAACACGGGCGCUGACCGAGUCUCGCCACAGGCGCGGCUGGCUGCAGCUGGGGCCGGCCUGCAGUAAGCAGUGGCGUGCGGCGGGCUGUCCGGCUGUGCUGUGCAGAGAAUGCUGUUUGGUGAUUCUCCUUUUUUUUUUCCCUCUAGAUUUCUCUUUUUUUUUUUUUCAUCUCUGUGGUCUAGCGUAUUGUGUCCUGUGUGUGUUCAUCGAUGCAAAAAAUCAACUGGCAAAAGGUUUUUUUUUUUUUUUUUUCUUAAUUUUGAAAUAAAUGUCAUUUAUUCGCCUCUUUC